UGUUAGGGUGUAUUCAUUACGUUUUGUAACCGUUUAAGAACCAAUCGGAACCGCAAACAGGCAUAAUGAAUACACCCCUGUGUGCACUUCAACUCUACGCUAAAUUAGCUAACGAUUAAGAAUCCCGUCAGGCACAAAAACGAUUAUCUAGCAAACUUCUAGCUAAAAUUAGUUUAGUAACCUUUUGGUAAAAAGUUGCUGGCAAGUUUGAUCACUUCACGUUAGCUACUAACGUUAGUGAAGUUAGAAACAUGAUGCCUAGUACUACAAGGAAGCACAGUCGCCCAGCUGAAAGGCCUGUCAAGGAUGGAGGAUCUCCCCUGAAAAGAAAGUCACCCCGGCUGCACCAGUCUCCACUAAAGAAGAUGUCAGCCAGACACCAGGAGAAGGAGAACUGCCCAUCCCCUCAGAGAUCACCAGCUCCAUCUCCCCUAAAGAUUGCUCAGAAGAGAGCCUCUCCAUUCCAGCCUGCUGUGGUUACAGGGUCCUUCUAUGGUAAACGCAAACCUUUGUACCUGACACCCCUGGAGAGGAAGAUGCUGAAUGAGACCAAAUCACUGCCAAGGCUGACCACUGUGGAUCCGUAUGUAAUACUGACGGAUGCUGAGAAAAAGAGGAUGAUUAACAGUAACAAGGUCAAGAAAGUGGCCGCUGUACACCGUGUGAAGACUGGCUUAAAGGGAAGCUGCAACUUCAAAUCAAGCUUGAUCAAUUCCUCAAAGCCUAAAGCACCCACCAGCACAAAGCAAGUGGAGCCGAAAAAAGGCAUCCCCUUGACCUUCUGUGGUUUAAAGUCUAAGCCCAAGCCUAAGAUCUUCGUUGGGGCUGCCUUUUUCAGCACAGGAAAAAAGACAGCCUCCAUUGUCAAAAAGUCUGCCCCGAAAUCUACCAAGCCAGCUUUGAGUUUUGAGAAAACAAAUGCUCUGGUUCAUUUGUCAGAGGGAAAACAAGAAAAAAAACAAAAAGCCCCAUCUCCAAAGCGAUGUGCUGUUGUAGUGAAGAAACUGCAGGAGGGGCUGCAGUCUCCACCCAGUGUCCAGGAUUUGCUAAAGAGUCCAGAGUCACCUGAGGCCCUGUCACCCAGAGCUAUAGCAGAGAAAUAUGGCAUGACCAAGGAUGUCAGCAUUGUGUUAAACAUAUCUUUGUCUCCCACAUGUUCAGGAUCCCCAGAAAUAAACACUCAGGAGGACUUUAUCACGGAUGCAGGCUCUCAUGCAGUGUUUGAUCUCAGUGAUAUUAGCCCAUUAACCUGUAUCAGCAGUCCAGUCAAAGACUCCUUAGCUGAUUCUGUAGAAUCCUCAGCUGUGUGUACAAUCUUUGGAUCUGAAUCAAAGAGGCCCCAGAGGAAAGCAGCUCAGGCAUCUCCAAUGAAUUGCAGCACCCCCUCUUUCCUUGGUCACCCCAUUCCCUCUGCUGCUAAAGAGAGGAGAGCCAGGAAGAAGAGAGAUAUGAAUAAACAGGCUGAGGCUGAUGAUCAACUCAUCAUUGAUGCAGGCCAGAAGCAGUUUGGUGCCACCACGUGUGGGUCAUGUGGCAUGAUCUACAGUGCAGACAGCCUGGAAGACAACUUCCAGCACACACAGUUCCAUAAGCGUUUUCUGGACAGUAUUAAGUUUGUGGGUUGGAAGAAAGAGAGGGUGGUAGCAGAUUUCUGGGAUGGAAAAAUCAUUCUGGUUCUACCAGAUGAUCCAAAAUACGCUGUCAGAAAGGCAGAAGAUGUGAGGCAACUUGCUGACAACGAGUUGGGCUUCCAACAAGUGUCCCUCAGCUGCCCCAGCCAGACUAAAACCUAUCUGUUUGUGAACAGUGACAGGAUGGUCGUCGGCUGCCUCAUUGCAGAGCACAUACGACAGGGCUUCAGAGUGCUGGAGCAGCCAGAGCAGACUAAGGACAUGACCAAGGAGGAUUUCAUGGAGCACCACAGGGUCUGGUGCUGCUCUAUCACCCCAGAGAAGGCCAUCUGUGGGGUCAGCCGUAUCUGGGUGUUCAGCCUGGCCCGUAGGAAGGGCAUCGCCACAAGGAUGCUCGACACCGUCCGAAACUCCUUUAUGUAUGGGGGCCACCUGACCAAGGAGGAAAUCGCCUUCUCUGACCCUACCCCAGAAGGCAAACUGUUCGCCACAAAGUACUGCGAGACGCCUACGUUUAUGGUCUACAAUUUCAUUGGUUAAGGCUGAAAUUACAUUUGACAUAUUUUGGUCCUUUAAUGAGUAUGUGUUAAACGUAGGAAAAUAUACAUUUACAUUAUCACACUACCGUCACCACUUUUAAAUGGGACAUACAUCCAUUUCUAAUCACACAUUUUAAAGCCCAUUUCAUAUAGAAUGCUAAACUGGACAAUGUGUAGUAACUUACUUUGAAGAGAUGGUGAUUGAUCUCUUCUACAUCUUGUACAUAGUUUGAAUAAAAUCUUUACCUCUUAUCACA